AUUCUGCACAGUGCAGAAAAGGUUACAUUAGAGGCAUGGAGGCUGGACUUCACCCCCCUCACCCUCACUCCAUUAUCCUUAUCUGUGCAUUUCCCUGGUGACCCUUUUCUCCCCCCGGUACCUCCGUCAACAUCAUUUCUUCUGCAUUAUAGACACAGAAAUGCAAAUAGGCGUGGCUGAAACUGAACUUUUUACCAUCAUUCCAACCCUUCACACCCUGCUGGGAAACCUCGUUAGGAGGGUUUUGGAAUCGGAAAUGAAGCCAGAUCACAGGGCUGAUGAAAAACAUUUAAAUGCUUCAACUCCAAGAGAUUUGCACAGAAGCCCGGACACAAUUCGAGAGAGCUACCCAGAGAGAGACAACGAUGUCACCACUACCCGUGCCACACACACGGCCUGUGUCCUUGUCCAUUGGUUCUUGCGUGACAAUCAAAGGGACACCGACCCUCCCUUUCAUCAAUGACCCACAGCUGCAGGUGGAUUUCCACACUGAGACGAAUGAGGAGUCAGACAUUGCCUUCCAUUUCCGGGUGUACUUUGGCCAUUGUGUGAUCAUGAACAGCCGUGAGUGUGGGGCCUGGAAGUGUGAGGUGAGAUGCAACAAUGUGCCCUUUGAGGAUGGGAAAUCAUUUGACGUGCGCAUCUCCGUGCUGGCCAAUGAGUACCAGGUAACGGUCAAUGGCCAACAAUGUUACAGCUUUGCUCAUCGACUCCCACCAUGUUCUGUGAAGAUGGUGCAAGUGUGUAGAGACAUCUCCCUGACUUCGGUGUGUGUCUGCAAUUGAGGGUGAUAGCAAGACUCCCCGUUGUGCCAGAAAUCCCUGUUUCUACCUGAUCAUGGGAUUCCCAGAGCCAGCUAACGGCAUGAUUCCUCCUCACUUCAACCCUUAUACUUGCUCAUUAAAACUUCACCAAA